AUGGUAGAAGACACCAAAAUGAGGACCAAAGGAAGCAGAAAAGGCAAGAACACCCAGGUUUGGGUUGACAAUGAUGCCACGAACAAGAAUGAGCCAGAGGCUAUCGACAAUGAAGCCAAUGAAGACACUGAUUCCGACUCCAACUUCAAUGAUGGCAACAACUGGAGUGCUCAUGUGAAAUCUUUCCUCCGAUCCGUGCCCCAUGUGAUGAAACAUCUUGAGGGAACAUAUGACAAGAAGCACCCAAAAUGGAGCUGCUCCCUCGAUGAUGCUUUAAUCAAUGCCCUGCAUGGAACAAUUGACAGUACUGGGGAAUACAAUGUAAAUUACCUCGUUCUAGAUGUAAUCAAGGAGUACCUUACUUUCAAUCAAGUAUGGAGAAAGAUCAAAAAGAGUCUCAUGAAUGAAGCCACCAAGAUGUCUCACAGACUUGCACUCAUCUUGCAGCUCAAUGAUAUAAAGAUGUUUCACUUGGAUGCCAGAAAGCUAAUUCAAGAGAUCCAGUCCAUACAGACUGAAAGUAGCCUCCUUGGCAAACCAUUUGCCAAUGAUACAUUGUUCUCGGCCCUGCAGAAAUACAUGAUCUGGCAUCUGGUGUAUAAGGAGACAGUUGCCACCAUUCAUCAAAUCGAUUUCAACACCCUCACCACUGCACUAAGCAUCUGGCAGACUGCUGUCGAGAGCAUCCCUGUGCAAAAGAUUGACCCCCAACAAGCCAGUGCUAGAACUGCUGGCAAUGAUGAUCAAAAUGAAUGGGCCAGAGAGACCAAAGCUGAAGCUGACAACAGCCAUGCGAGCUUGAGGAACACAGGCAGACCACACCGAAUCUGA